AUGGCUUCAAACAAGAGCUCGGAGGAAGUCCCCUUCCAGAUCGCGGUGUCCGACGCCGACCUGGAACUUUUGCGCAAGAAACUCGAGCUCACGCGCUUCCCCGACGAGCUCGAUCACGCAGGCUGGGCCUACGGCGCCCCACUCGCAGACAUCAGGCGCCUUGCGACCUACUGGAAGGACGGCUUCGACUGGCGCAAACAUGAAGCCGCGAUCAACGAGAUUCCUAUGUUCACGCGUGACAUCGAGGUCGAAGGCUUUGGCGUACUCAACAUACAUUACAUUCACCAGAGGAGCGAAGUGAACAACGCAAUUCCACUGCUGUUUGUGCACGGAUGGCCAGGACACUUCCUCGAGGUUGAGAGAAUGCUGCCUCUAUUGACAGCCGCCUCGUCGGACCAUCCGAGCUUUCAUGUUGUCGCUCCCAGUCUCCCAGGAUACGGAUUUUCGGAAGGAGUGCAUAAACCUGGUUUCAAGACGUCCCAAUAUGCAGAGCUCUUCAACAAACUCAUGCUCUCACUCGGGUAUGCGAGUACGGUCAUCUACCAAGGAGGGGACAUGGGUGGUCUACUGGGGAAACUCAUCAUCCCCACGCUGGGACAUAAACACAUCAAGGCCUGGCACACGAAUAUGCCCGUUGUGGCUGCCCCAACUUUGCUCAGAAACCCUCUCCUUUUCCUGCAAAUGCUUCUCGCGCCCUUCAAUAAGAAGAUGCGCGAAGGCUUUGCGUAUACCCGGAACUUCUACGCCGUUGGCAGAGGUUAUUGGACGAUGCACACUACGAAACCGCAGACUAUCGGGUACAGCCUGGCGGACUCACCCAUCGGCUUACUCGCAUGGAUAUACGAGAAGCUUGUCGCUUGGACAGAUGACUAUCCAUGGAACGAUGAUGAGGUGCUCAGAUGGAUCUCCAUCUUUUGGUUCUCCCGCGCUGGCCCCGCAGCAUCUAUACGAGUUUACAACGAGAUGCACAACGGAGGCUCUGGACCCAAUGCCCGCGCCACGAUCCCCACGGGAAUGGGGUACUUCCCUAAAGAAGUCAUUUACGUCCCGAGAUCAUGGGCACCCUUGAUGGGGAAGAUAGUAUAUGUGAAAGACCAUUCUAAGGGUGGUCACUUCCCUGCCUUUGAAGUCCCCGAUGCCCUGGCUCAGGACCUAUUCGUGAUGUUCGGGAGGGGCGGAGGAGCCUUUGGAGUCGUUCCUGGCAAGAAUGGGUAUGACUGA